GAGCCCAUGGAGCCCGCGCGGGAAGGGCCCCCAGGCAGCGGCGGGGCUGAGGCGCUGCUGGGCGAGCUGGAGGCGCGGGUCCGGGACGUGGUGAGGGCGAGCUCGUGGUGGGAGCGCCACGGCGUGGACUGCGCCAUCCUCGCGCUCAGCCUCCUCGCCUUGCCUCCGGGGUUCCUGUGCCUGCGCUCUGACAGUACCCUGGUCUUUGGCCUGGGCAUCGCCAUCCUGGGUGUGUGCCAUUACACGCUCACUGUCAAGGGCAGCCACCUGGCCACUCAUGGUGCCCUCACCGAGUCCAAACGCUGGAGCACGAUCUGGACACAUUUCUUUGUGGAGGUGUGCACAGCCUUCCCUGCAGAGGACGCCAAGCACGGACAUGUCAAAUUACACCACGGCUACACCAACGUGCUGGGCCUGGGGGACUCGAGCACGUGGAGGAUGCCUGUCCUCAACCGCUACGUCUACAUGUUCCUCGGUCCUCUCUUGAUCCCCAUCCUGACCCCGCUGGUGGCUGUCGAGCGUCUGAGUAAGGCGAAGCUCGGGGUCGCUCUGCGGACGCUGGGCCUGAUUUCCCUGGGCCUUUAUUCUCACUACUGGCUGCUCCUGAACGUGUCUGGCUUCAAGAGCCCGGGCUCGGCCCUGGCCUGCAUGCUCAGCACCAGGUCCCUGCUGGCCCACCCGUUUCUCCACGUGAACAUCUUCCAGCACAUCGGGCUGCCCAUGUUCUCCCGGGACAAGAAGCCCCGGCGGAUUCACAUGCUGAGCCUGGGUGUGCUCAACCUGCCCCGGCUGCCCGUGCUGGACUGGGCGUUCGGCCACUCCAUCAUCAGCUGCCACGUGGAGCACCACUUCUUCCCCGGGCUCUCGGACAACAUGUGCCUGAAGGUGAAGCCUGUGGUAUCCCAGUUCCUCCAGGAGAAGCAGCUGCCUUACAACGAAGACACCUACCUCGCUCGCUUCCGGCUGUUUCUCAACCGCUAUGAGGAGUUCAUGGUGCAGGCCCCUCCCAUCACUGAGCUGGUGGGGCUGCAAUGA